GUCACGUAGUCACACACAAGUGUUAGGAUUCGGAAAUUCAAAAUCUCACACACAAUCUCAUUGAUAGACAACACGUAGACAAAAAAAAAUUGAUAACAUUAACGGAGAAUUUAAACAAAAAAUCACUGAAAGAAAAUUCGAAAUUUUUUUUUUUUUUUUAAUAACGACAAUGAAAAAAAUUGUGAUUUUUGGUGCUACUGGAAAUACCGGCCAAUGUUCCUUAGAUUAUGCAGUACAAAAAGGUUUGAAGGUAAAAGUUUUUGUGAGAAAUGCAUCGAGUGUACCUGAAAAAUUCAAGGGAAAAAUUGAAAUAUCUGUUGGUAAUGUAACAAAUUCCGAACAAGUUUCAAAAGCAAUUGAAGGAACCGAUGGAGUUGUCGUUGUUCUUGGCACUCGUAAUGAUUUACAACCCACAACAGUUUUGUCUCAGGGAAUAAAAAAUAUUAUCGACGGAAUGAAAAAGCACAAUGUUCAAUUAAUUUCCGUUUGCUUAUCAGCCUUUCUUUUUUACGAUCCGGAAAAAGUUCCAACAAUCUUUAAAGAUUUAACGGAAGAUCAUCGACGAAUGUAUAAUUUAAUUAAGGAAAGUGGUUUAAAAUGGAUUUCCGUUUUUCCUCCACACAUUGCAGAGGAACGUCAUUCCAAUGUCACUGUGAAAUACGACGAAUCUCCUGGUCGUACAAUUUCAAAAUAUUAUUUAGCCGAAUUUCUUGUCGAUUGCCUUGAUAAUCCGGAACAUUAUCAACGAGUCUGUGGCAUAACAUCAGUAUAAAAAAUUAUUUUUUAAUCAUAAAAAUUCGAAUUUAAAAAUAAAAAUAGUUGUUCAUAGAAUAAUUAAUUAAUAAAAAAAUUACAAUUUUUUGUUUCCAGAAAAUAUAAAUUCAUGUGAUUUAAAAGAAAACA